AACCCUCUAUAUCUCUCACCCUAAACCCCUCUGUCGCAAUACGGGUAAGGGUAAUUUAAACACAGGCACGCUCUUCUCGUCAUCUCUCACCUACCAAAACACAUAUUUAUACACGGUGAUAUAGAUACAGAAUCGGUUUACUUUGAGUGUGUCUCUCACUCUUAUCAUUCUAGGGUUUUAGUUAUGGCCCCUGUUCUGAGCAGAAGUUUAGCCUCUGCUUCUGUAACUUCUUUUCCUUCUUCGUCUUCGCUUCCAUGGAAGAAACCCAUUAAAGCCUUGAAUGCUGGAAGUGUGUUUUUGCCGCAAAAUGGUCUCAGAAACAACUUUUCUCGUUCCGGUUUGAAGUGGAAGCUCGAGAGGAGAGAGAGUCAAGUGGUGGUUCGGUGCGAGGCUGCUGUUGCAGAGAAAGAAACUGCUGAGUCGUCUGAUGAGAGGCACGAGUACCAAGCCGAGGUUAGUCGCCUACUGGAUUUGAUAGUUCACUCUCUGUAUAGCCACAAAGAGGUUUUUCUUCGGGAGCUCGUAAGUAACGCAAGUGAUGCUCUUGAUAAGUUGAGGUUUUUAAGUGUGACCGAGCCUUCUCUGCUUGGAGAUGCUGGUGAGCUGGAAAUUCGCAUCAAAUCUGAUCCGGAAAAUGGGACUAUCACUAUAACGGAUACGGGUAUUGGAAUGACCAAAGAGGAGCUCAUUGAUUGCCUGGGAACUAUUGCUCAGAGUGGUACUUCAAAAUUCUUAAAAGCUCUUAAGGAAAAUGAAAAUAAGGAUCUUGGAGCCGACAAUGGUUUAAUUGGGCAAUUUGGUGUUGGAUUCUAUUCAGCAUUUUUGGUUGCUGAAAAGGUGGUAGUCUCCACAAAGAGCCCAAGGUCAGAUAAACAAUAUGUCUGGGAAGCAGCUGCUGAUAGUAGCUCAUACGUGAUAAGAGAAGAAACUGAUCCUGAAAAGCUUUUAAAACGUGGGACACAAAUCACCCUCUUUUUAAGGCCUGAUGAUAAGUAUGAAUAUUCAGAACCAACCAAGAUUCAAAGCUUGGUGAAGAAUUACUCGCAAUUUGUUUCAUUCCCCAUAUAUACUUGGCAAGAAAAAUCAAGGACUGUUGAGGUGGAAGAGGAGGAGGAACCAAAAGAGGGAGAAGAAGAAAAACCAGAGGGUGAGAAGAAAAUAACAAAGAAGACUAAAACUGAGAAAUAUUGGGACUGGGAAUUAGCCAAUGAAACAAAACCCAUAUGGAUGCGGAAUCCAAAGGAAGUUGAAAAGGAUGAGUACCAUGAAUUCUACAAGAAAACUUUUAAUGAGUUCUUAGAUCCGCUUGCAUACGCUCACUUCACGACAGAGGGUGAGGUGGAGUUUAGAAGUGUUCUCUAUAUUCCUGGGAUGGCACCUCUUAACAAUGAAGACAUUGUGAAUCCCAAAACAAAGAAUAUACGUUUAUAUGUGAAACGUGUGUUUAUUUCAGAUGAUUUUGAUGGUGAGCUGUUCCCACGAUACCUGAGCUUCGUGAAGGGUGUGGUUGAUUCAGAUGACCUUCCACUUAAUGUUUCUCGCGAGAUUCUUCAAGAAAGCCGGAUUGUAAGGAUAAUGAGAAAGAGACUUGUCAGAAAAACAUUCGACAUGAUUCAAGAUAUAUCUGAAAGUGAAAAUAAAGAGGAUUACAAAAAAUUCUGGGAGAAUUUUGGAAAGCUUCUGAAGUUGGGAUGCAUUGAAGACUCUGGCAAUCACAAGCGCCUAACACCGCUGCUGAGAUUCCACUCCUCCAAAACUGAGGAGGAACUGAUAAGCUUGGAUGAUUAUGUUGAAAAUAUGGGUGAAAAUCAAAAAGCUAUCUAUUAUUUGGCAACAGACAGCUUGAAAAGUGCCAAGACUGCUCCAUUCUUGGAGAAGUUGGUCCAAAAGGAUCUUGAGGUUCUAUAUUUAGUUGAGCCUAUUGAUGAAGUUGCCAUCCAGAAUCUACAAACCUACAAAGAAAAGAAAUUUGUUGACAUCAGCAAGGAAGAUCUAGAGCUUGGUGAUGAGGAUGAGGUUAAAGACAGGGAAACUAAACAAGAGUACACCGUUCUUUGUGAUUGGAUGAAGCAACAGCUUGGUGAUAAGGUAGCGAAAGUCCAGGUCUCAAAGCGUCUAAGCUCAUCUCCUUGUGUGCUUGUUUCUGGCAAGUUUGGAUGGUCUGCUAAUAUGGAAAGGUUGAUGAAGGCACAGACACUUGGAGACACGUCAACAUUGGAAUUUAUGAGAGGGAGGAGAAUAUUGGAGAUUAAUCCCGAUCAUCCCAUAGUUAAAGACCUAAAUGCUGCGUGCAAAAAUGCACCAGAUAGCACUGAUGCCAAGAGAGCUGUUGACCUCCUAUAUGAUACGGCAUUGAUCUCCAGUGGAUUCUCUCCUGAUAGUCCAGCCGAGCUGGGCAAUAAGAUAUAUGAGAUGAUGGCAAUGGCCCUUGGAGGAAGAUGGGGCAGAUCAGAUGGUGAAGAGACGGAGUCGACUGAAGAUAAUGCUGCGGAGUCUGAUGCCAGUUCUGGAACCUCAGAGACACAAGUAGUUGAACCUUCAGAAGUUAGAAUGGAGGCUGACCCUUGGAGUGAUUAAGGAACUUUCUUCCAAACAUUUUGUUUUUUUUUUUUGGCAUUGUGUUAACGUUGUUGAGAGAGAGGGAGCUGCUGAAAGAAGUCUAGGUUGAGAAAGAACUGCCAUUGGAUGCUCUGCUGAAUUAAUGGAGUUUUAAAAUUAUUUAUAUGAUGCA